AUGGCGGCCCACGAUCUCUUUUCGCCCAUCGACGCCUACGAGACCGGCCGCCUGCCGGUGGACGAGUUGCAUACCCUCUACUGGGAGCAGUCGGGCAACCCCGCCGGGCAGCCCGUGGUCUUCCUGCACGGCGGACCCGGCGCCGGCGCCUCGCCGGACCAUCGCCGCUUCUUCGACCCCCAGGCCUACCGCAUCAUCAUCUUCGACCAGCGCGGCGCGGGGCGCUCCACGCCGCUGGGCGAGACGCGGGCCAACACCACCCAGGACCUGGUCGCCGACAUGGAGCUGCUGCGCGAGCGGCUGGGGGUCGAGCGCUGGCACCUGUUCGGCGGCUCCUGGGGCUCCACCCUGGCGCUGGCCUACGCGCAGGCGCAUCCCGAGCGGGUCUCGGCGCUGUUGCUGCGCGGCAUCUUCCUGUGCCGGCACAGCGAGGUGACCUGGUUCCUCUACGGCAUGCGGACCUACUUCCCCGAGGUCUGGGAACGCUUCGCCGGCUUCGUGCCGCCGGCCGAGCGCGACGACCUGCUGCAGGCCUACCACCGCCGCCUGAUGGACCCCGACCCGCGGGUCCACCUGCCGGCCGCGCGGGCCUGGAGCACCUACGAGGGCGCCUGCUCGACCCUGAUGCCGAGCCCGGAGACCGUGGCGGCCUUCGGCGAGGACAACAUGGCGCUGGGGCUGGCGCGCAUCGAGGCGCACUACUUCGUCAACCGCAUCUUCCUGCCCGAGGGCGCGCUGCUGGAGCGGGCGGAGCGCCUGCGCGACGUCCCGGGCGCCAUCGUGCAGGGGCGCUACGACACGGUCUGCCCGCCGACCUCGGCCUACGACCUGCACCGGGCCUGGCCGACCGCCAGCUUCCGCAUCAUUCCGGACGCCGGACAUUCCGCGAUGGAGCCGGGCAUCCGCCGCGCCCUGGUCGAGGCGACGGAGCGCUACAAGCAUUACCGGUGA